GAUGAGGGAAUUAAGGCAGCCGCAGCUUGAAAGUGAACCGCCCAGAGUCACACGGCUAAGGCCACAUUAGAACUCACAUCUUGCCGACUCGAGGUCCAGAGUCCUAUCCACUGCGCCACCUGGCGGCCUCCGCUUUCCCAUGCUUAUUAAUAGGAUCGUAGAGCCUAACAAAGGUAUCCUAGAUGAAAACCUGAGAAAGCCAAGAGGUAGUACGGCACAUGCGCACGCGCCCACCGGCUGCUGACCUUCCUUCCAAAUGCCCAAUCACAGCUGCUCCUAACGGCUGCUUAUGGGUUUGCAGUCCACCUACGGGGAUGCGCCCUGCCCCCACUCCUUUUUUUUUUCUUUUAAAUAUGGAACACUUCACGAACUUGCGUGCUAUCCUUGCGCAGGGGCCAUGCUAAUCUUCUCUGUAUCGUUCCAAUUUUAGUAUAUGUGUUGCCGAAGCGAGCACCCCAUUCUUUCUUAAAGGAGGGAGGGGCGCUUUCUUCGAAAGGCCGGGCCUGGUGGGUAUUAACUUCCCACCCUGACCAGUCCCUCUACACACGUCCCGCCCCACUUCAGCUCCCUAAAAAGAAUCAUCUCUGCAGCCGCGGGAUCAGGAAGCGCGCCUUCCUCCAGCCCCGCCUCUCGCGCGGAGGACGGCCGGCAACGUCACAGUGCGCGACCUGAUGAGGCCUUCGGGACCCGCGGGGGUGGGAGGAAGGACCCGCCGCCUCGGAAUCCGAACUCAAGCCCUGUGACGCCAUCAGCGCGCGCCUCCGGGGAGCCGCGUGUGGGGCCGGGCUUAGCCGGACUGACUGGGAACCGGGAAGCUGGAGGAAAAAUGCUGCAGCUGCUCGGCAGCCGCUACGACCUGGUACUGGUCCGAGACUCGGUGGACUGGGAGGGCCGGAGCCUGCUGAAGGCUUUGGUUCGGGAAGUCGCCCUGAAAGGAGAGCAGGUGCAGGUGCUGGGCUGCGAGGUAAGCGAGGAGGCUUUCAGGGAAGGCUUGGACUCGGAUACGAACCGCCGGCUUGUGUACCACGAUGUCUUCAGAGACCCCCAGGGCUGUGCCGGGAACGGCGGGCCCCUGGGAAGCCUGAGGGCAUGUUUGAGGGGAGCAGACCCUGGCCCCUGCACUCUCGCCGUGGACUCCCUCAGUUGGCUGCUGCUCCAUGCCCCCUGCAGUGCCCUGUGCCAGGCGCUGAGGGCCCUGGGCCAUGGUAGAGCCCAUCCUGGACGGGUCCGUGUGCUUGGCCUGCUGCAUGAGGACGUGCACGGCCCGGGGCCCUUGGGUGCCUUAAGGAGUCUGGCUCAGGUGGAGGUGACGGUGGCGGGGAGCUUGGGCAGGACCACUGCGCACGUCCUCCAUCCCAAGCCCAGGCAUCGCCCCAUCGAGCAGACUUAUUGGUUCUCCAUCCAGCCCGAUUUCAGCCUGCAGUUCCAGAAGGAACCUCCUUUGGAGGCUCAGCCCCAGCGAACACCCCCCACUCCCACGGUGGAUGCCAUGGCAGACUUGACCUUUAACCUCCACCUGUCCAAGAAGGAAAGAGAGGCCCGGGAUACGCUGGCCCUGCCCUUCCAUUUCAGUUCUGAAAAGCAACAGUCUUUGCUUCGUCCUUCACCAGCCUCUUCCACCAGCCAGAUAUUUUAUGAGCCUGAUGCGGAUGACUACCUAGAUGAGGAAGAUCCAGACAAUGACCUGGAUAUCUAAUGAAUCCGGAAUAUCUAGCGAGGCAUUGGCCUAGAUCCUGGAGUUGUACUGUUUUCAUAUAGCAGUUUGAAGGUUAUGGUUUAAAGUCGGUGUGUAAGCCAAAAAUUGAUAUAGUCAAAAUGGCCUUUGAAAAAUGUUACCCCUUAAAUAUAGUACAGUAUCUUUAAACAGUUGUAACUGGGAAAGGGCUAGGAUCUCUCUUUUUUAGGCAGUCUAUCAGAGAGCAGAUGGCACAGAAGUGGUUGCUGUAGAAAUAAUUGAAUAUAAAUUUUUUCACUAUACCCAGCUUAGUUAUUGAUCAGUGGGCCUGAGUUUGUUUAAAUUUGGAAGAAAAGGAGAAUCAAAGGAGGGAUAGGACUACUGUUCAUUAUGAAUGGAAAGAUUAAAACCAUUAAUAGAAGGUAGAGAUGCUCAACUUUUAUUUUGAAUCUGUUUCUGGUGCUAAAGAGAAUAAUCUUUGGAAUGUAGAGGGGGGAGGGGCAAGUAUCAAAAGUGAGUUUCUGUGCAGGUUAAGUGUAACAGUGGUCAUCAGAGAAGCUCUCAGAUAUGUUGGACAGGGGCUCUUCCAUGGAGUUGGGCCUAUACCCUAGCCACUGCCAGUAACACGUAUGCUCUGGCUAGGGCACUUCCUAUGAAGCUGAACGUGGUUCCUAGCCUCUUCCAGUGGCCCCAUAAUAAGUCAGUUCUAAUGACACAUGAGCGUUGGUCUCUUGCUCAGGAAUAUAUGCUGGAAUAAAAGCUCCUAUUUGGUCCCUUAGUCCCUGUGAUAGGUGGGGAAGGGGGCCUAGGUAUGCCAAAGAUGAUAGGCCACUGAGCCAACCUACUCAGUAGACUUUGAGAGGAGUGACUCCACCCUCUUGAUCACUCUCUUCCUGAUAUUCAAGUAUGUCAGGACUCUUCAAACUUUACCUCAGACUUUCAAGCAAUUGCUCUUCCCUCAGCAGUUUUUGCAGCUGCUCAUACGUGGCAGUAAGAGCAUGUACUGUCUAGGUAAAACUGAAAUUAAAACAUGAUGCUCUUGCUUCCUUUUCUUUGUGUUUCUUAUCCUGAGCAGUGGUCACCAAACAUUAAUUCUGAGAUGAAUAUUCCUAUUCAGCAAUCUUGUAAGCUCAAGAAUCUGUGUGAUUUCAAAAAUCAAGUGCCAUUUGCCCAGUGGAAAGUACUUCUGUUUGGACAAUAUUUCUUAGAAGAAAAAAUAACCAUUGACAAGAUGAGCUUGGCUUGGUAGAAAAUACGUACCUUAAAUGAACUGAGCAGACAAUACAGAUGUAAAAUGAAAGUGCUGAAGAUUGACUGUUCAGCAAUCCCACGAGUUUCCUAGCAGCCUUUAUCUUAUGAGAGAAUAUAAUAAAAAUUACAAAUUACUAUAAA